CCCAGAUGUGCGUUGAAAGACUGGAUGAUCCAAUGUCUUGCAUUGUCGAACCGAAGCAAACCUCCGAUCUAAAUUAUGGCAUUUCAUCUUUGAGCGCAUCCUUGGACGCCGGCGCAAGAACUGUCCAGACCAACGGCAGCGACCAACAUACGGCGUCGCAACUAAACGCUGCGGUCCCCUCCGAACGACGGCGAUUCUCAUAUGAGCAGGCGGUAUUCCACUUGCCUCCUGAAAUCUCGCCCUCCGUCCGCUUUUUGUCAUCCCGCCGCGCCAACUCCUCCUGCCGACCGACCAUUGCGAUUGACACCUUUCAUCCCACAACAUCGACAGCCUGAUGCACUAGCCUGCGUACAAGCGAAUAAACGCCCCAACCCGUACCUCGUUCGUCCGAAGCGCCACCGACGACCCUGAUCGCUGACUUUCGACGCGUAUAUCCCAUUGCGCUACGACAACACCACAUUCCAUGCCUUGAGGGUUGGGGACGAAAUGAGUUCCGUUCGAGCGCGCCGGUCCGAGACGAGAUGGGUGACGCGAUUUAUGCCUGUUUUCCUAGCUGUGUGUUUCGGUCUGACAACAUACACCACGGCCAAGAGAGUCUGCGUGGAUCACUUCCUCCAUAGGCGUCAAGAACCCAGCGCUGCGAUCGCAUUCCUCGUCUUCUACCUCGUCACUUUCACGUUCAUGCUCUUGACCUAUAUACGACUAUUCCUGGUUAUUCAACUAAAUCCCGGCGUUGUUCCCCUCGGGCAGCGAGCGAUAUGGCGGUUGGAAAAAGAAGAAAAAGAGAAACCAAGUUGGCGACGGCACAAGCAUAAACAGACCGGCGAUAUAGAGGCCAACGCCUACAGUAAUGUCGGACCAGACGAUGACCCUGAUAGCCCUGGGCUCGAGUCCUUUUACAGCAAAGACGUUUUUAUCUGCGAAUCAGACGGAAAGCCGCGAUGGUGUCACAGUUGUUGCACCUGGAAGCCAGACAGGGCGCAUCACUGCAGUGAAAUCGAUCGAUGCGUCAAGAAGAUGGAUCACUAUUGCCCGUGGGUUGGGGGAAUCGUGGGUGAGACGUCGUUUAAGUACUUCAUCCAGUUCACGUUUUACGCAUCGCUUUGCUCCAUAGUAGUUAUCACUGCUUGCGCUGUUUGCACGAGGCAACGACUUCAUACCGGUCACGGCCUUGAUGGUUUUGUGGUCGCCAUAUUGGCUUUAUCCGGCCUUCUGGGAUUUUUUGCCGUAACCAUGUUCAUCACAUCCGCGCGAUAUGCGCUGCAGAACAUGACAAAUAUCGACUACCUCAAGUCCAAAAACUUCGUGCAUAACCUGGCCAUUCGGGUCCCGAGAGGCAUCCAAUCCUGUGAAAAGUACAAGGUCGUCACAUAUCCGAUAUCGAAAUCCGGAGACUUGGGCACUCCGUUACCUGGAGACGUCGGUGCAAGAGGCGUGGCCAAUAUGAGGGAUAUGCUCGCAACGCGCACCUUUGCUGUCGUGAAAACCGAGCUGGGCGAGAACCCGUGGGAUCUAGGCUUCUAUCGAAACUGGAAAUCCGUCAUGGGCAACAGCAUCAUUGACUGGCUACUGCCCCUCAAGGACUCACCUUGCGCAACGUACGAGAACAACGAGAGCUUUUACGAAAUGGGCCCCAUAUAUCUGCGAGUGCGAGAAAGGUUUAGGCUUCCGCACCUAACCGACGACGAGAAGGGGUUUACCACAUCGAAGAAGGAGUUGUCGUCGAAAUCACAGGCCAAAGAGAGGAAACAAAAGAAGCAGGAGCAGGAAUCACAGGACCGGGCCCAUGGGUCGGCGAACUUGUGAUCAACUUCAACUUAUUAAUCUAGAUACCCCCUUCCAUUUGUCUAUGUCCUCUGUUUACCAUACUAUUUUGGUUUCUAGACUUUUGCCGGCGCUCAGCGAAGGGCCCGGCGGUCAUGUUUCUUUUACUCUUGAUUAGAUACUUUAAUGCUGGCUUACGGUCGGCACUCAUGUAUGGUGUCGAACUGCUAUUUCUCCGGGUAUGAGCAGGUAGUGUUUCGAGGCUCUUUCUUCCUUUCACCAACGAAGUCAGGUACUAUUUCUAUACAACUUCCCAGCAUGUUCCCC